CGACAGCUGCUGGGAACUGCCUGUGUUGCUUUGUUGAGCAGCACAUACAGAGAGAGAGUCUGGCUCCGAGGCUCAGGGUCGUCUGGCCUGGUCCCAUUACACAGCAAGUAAUGCCUGCAUGCCUGUCUUGAUUUCCUGCCUCUUCUAUCAGAAUCUGGUCACAUCAGCAUUCCCCAGGCGCACGUCACUGGUGCGUUGAUGGCAAGUAUAGUGGUCCCCUCCCUUUGGGUGUGUGAAUGUCAUUGUGUUUGUUUCUCACAGAACUGGAAUUCCAGCACUGGCAUUGUUUAACCCAGAGUGUCCCUGUGGCUGUAGAAAUGGAACCUGUGGAGAAGGAUCCCCUGUGCAGUGUGGAGGUGUGCUCAGCAUGAUACCAUCAAGGUCUCCUUGCACCAGUCACGUACCGAAAGAUCUGGCAGCGCGCUCCAAGAGCAUGGUGCUCGGAGAGCUGUCCCGGGUGUCAAGGCCCUGCUCGCCUCUGGAUCAGGAGAAAGCACUGAAGGUGGGCUGGCUGAAGAGGCAGCGCAGUAUCAUGAAGAACUGGCAGCUGCGUUGGUUCGUCCUGAGGGCUGAGGCUCUCUAUUUCUACAAGGACCAGGAUGAAACCAAGGCACAGGGUUGUAUCCCUCUUCAGGGCAGCCAGGUCAAUGAGCUGCCGGCCAAUCAGGAUGAGCCUGGUCGCCACCUUUUUGAAAUUGUUCCAGGUGGGGCUGGAGAAAAGGAUCGAUCAGGUAUAAGCCAUGAAUCAUUCCUGCUGAUGGCCAACUCUCAGAGUGACAUGGAGGAAUGGGUCAGAGCCAUACGGAGAGGCAUAUGGGCUCCGCUUGGAGGAGGAGUCUUUGGGCAGCACCUGGAGGAGACAAUGUUGUGCGAGGCCCAGUGUGGCCCCCAGCGAGAGGUCCCUGUGCUGGUCGAACAGUGUGCAUGUUUCAUACGUGAACAUGGGCUUGAGGAGGAGGGCCUGUUCAGGUCCCCUGGACAGACCAAUCAUGUUCGAGAGCUGCAGGACGCGUGUGAUCGUGGCGAGAAGCCGGUGUUUGACAGUACCACAGAUGUCCACACAGUGGCAUCGCUGCUAAAGCUGUUCAUACGGGAGCUGCCUGAGCCUAUUAUCCCAUUCUCCAAAUACACACAGUUUCUUUCUUGUGCUCAGCUACUUACCAAGGAUAAAGAGCUGGGAAUCAUAGAGCUCGGCAAACAGGUGAAAUCUCUUCCUCAGGUCAACUACAACCUCCUUAAAUACAUCUGCAGGUUCCUGGAUGAGGUUCAGUCUCACUCCAACGAGAACAAGAUGAGUGUUCAGAAUCUGGCCACUGUGUUUGGACCCAAUAUCCUUCGGCCCAGGGUGGAGGAUCCAGUAACAAUGAUGGAGGGAAGUACCCAGGUGCAGCAUCUGAUGACUGUGCUGAUCAGUGAACACUCCCGACUUUACCAUCACGAGGAGCCAGAAACCGAAAUCGAGAUCCCACCACAACAACCUCAGAGUCUUGCCCAACGGUGCACGGUGGAAUGGAUGUCACACGAAGACACUGAACCCCCACCCUCCUCAGGUACAAGCGCCACAACACCCAAGGAGAAACUCCAAUCUUCCACCCCAUCUUCAGAGAGGAAGCUUGAAGCCCCCAGCCCCAUUACAGUGAUAGAGAAAGUCGAGGAUGGUCAGGAUGACGGGAAGAGCAAAAGUGGGCCAGAGGAUAAAGUUGAGGAAAAAGCAGAUAUCAAAACUGAAGUGAAAAGUGAGGGUGAAGUCGCCAUUAGUCCCAGUAAACAGUCCAAAGCAGUGCCGUCCUGGAGGAGCUCCUUCAAGGGCAGUGCAGCACCUGGGGGGCCAAGGGGAAAGAUAGGGGGGUCGGCAGGGGACGUGUCAGCACCUGGUGGGAGCAACUGGCUGAUGAAUGGCCUGUCGUCCUUCCGAGCUCACCGCCGCACCACGUCAUCUGGUGAGAGGCUGAAGGAUUCAACUCUGUCUCUGAAGGACUCAACCCUCUCCCUUAAAGAGAGCACUCUCUCAAUUAAGGACCCGCAGAGAGACUCAGAUGACGAAUCUGCUCGAACGCCCCUCACUCACAGAGCCCUCCACCAAUCGCACAGACUGUCCGCCUAUGACAACGUUGCCCCGUCCACUCUGAGCCUGCCUGCUGAAUCCCCGAUUUGGUCGUCCUUUGAUAUCUCGCUGGCCGAACCAGAGGUAAGCGAUAGGGCAGUCAAUGUAGCGCAGGGUCAAGAGAGACCCACAGAGGUGAGGGACAGUACAAAUACUUCAGAUCACAGUGCAAGUGGUGCUGAGGACGAUCCCGCAGGAGAAGAUGAAGGUCUCACCAACGUGCUGACCCAUCUCAAGGAGGAGCUGAAGAAGCAGAGGACGAGUUAUGAAGCCUCCAUUCGCAAGUUGGAGGAGUCCUGCUCUAAGUACCAGUCCCAGGUAAACCGCCUCGAGGAGGAGCUGGACCACGAGAAGAAGAAGUUCCACAUGCUGGAGAUCCGACUCAGGAAUUCAGAGCGAGCAAAUAAAGACGCGGAGAACCGAAACAUCCUCCUCCAGCAAGAGAUGGAGGACUUCUUCAAAACCCUCGGAGAUCUGACGACAGGAGCAACACAGACCAACUAGAUCGGACCAAGCUGCUAUCACCUGGUCCAUCAGAGGAGGAGGAGGGACGAGGAAGAGCUUAAAUAACUGGGAAGACCAGCCAGUUCCAAAGCUUUGAAGACCAAAUACCUCUAGUGCUACUUGCUAUCAUAUCCUCUUUAGUAUGGCGGUCUUGUGCCUACACUGAACAAUACCGGUGCCAAAAGAGAGCUCUUCCGGAUCAAGGACUUCUCAUUUUACCAAUCCAAAAAUGUCCUCCCCAUUAUACUCCACUGUUCAUGUAGCUGAUUAUUUAUUGACUAAAUUCCUCUAGGAGAUACUGGAUAUGAGGUAGUUUUCCUGUAAACACUUUAAGGACUCUUGAAACUCAAAGGAAGAACAACUUGAGACAUUAAAAU